GGAGAACACAGACAGUUUGUCGACCUACAUGUAGCUCUUUCAGGCAAGCGACGUUUCCGACCAAGGCAAUUUGCAAACCAGAACUGGAUCACCAAGUUAUGCCCAGAGGAGGCCUGAGCUGUUUAAGGAGCCCUGAAGGGGCAAGCGGCAGGUAUGAAACCCCGCCGGCGUCAGAGCUCCACAGACUGAUGUGGACAAAGAAAGGAAGCAGUAACCACCUGGAUGAGGUCCAGCCCAGGAUCUAUAUUGGAGACAUGUACGCAGCAAAAGACAAGAGGACCCUUGAGGCUCAUCGUAUCACCCAUGUCCUUAACGCCGCUGAUGGGAAGUUCAACGUAAACACGGGACCGAGCUUCUACAGGGACACAAAUAUCACUUAUCAAGGAGUGGAAGCUUUUGACAUGUCGUCGUUUAAUUUGAGUCCCUUCUUUUACCCAGCGGCCAACUUUAUUAAGACCGCUUUGAGCUCGCCCACAGGUAAAGUGUUUGUCCACUGUGCCAUGGGCCUCAGCCGGUCGUCCACCCUCGUCCUAGCCUAUCUGAUGAUCCACCAGGACAUGACCCUAGUGGAGGCCAUCAAAGCUGUGAGCGCCAACAGGAACAUCUGUCCAAAUGAAGGCUUCUUGGAACAGCUACGAGAUCUGGACAAAAAGUUGCACUGUCAGGGGUGGAACUGAUGAAAAAAGAUCAAUAAAUAUGGACUAUCCUGCUUUGUUACAUCAUUAAGUAGCCUUAAAGCAAAUAUUAUACAGAUGUUAUGAUUGUAUGUAGUAGGGAGGUAGCUAGAUACCAUGGAUGCCACUGAUGGAUGGAUAGAUGGAUGGAUGGGUGGGUGCAGUAGUG